AUGUCUGGAACUGCCACAGAGCCACGGGACGUCACCGUUCAUCAUACGCCUGCAGCAGAUACUGUGGCUGAUUAUGAGGGUGUUUAUGAGAAUGGUGCUGAUGUGACUGAGGGUGUUUAUGAGAAAGAUGCUGAUGUGACUGAGGGUGUUUAUGAGAAUGAUGCUGAUAUGGCUGAGGGUGUUUAUGAGAAUGGUGCUGAUGUGGCGAAGGGUGUUCAUGAGAAUGAUGCUGAUAUGGCUGAGGGUGUUUAUGAGAAUGGUGCUGAUGUGGCGAAGGGUGUUCAUGAGAAUGAUGCUGAUGUGACUGAGGGUGUUUAUGAGAAUGAUGCUGAUGUGAUUGAGGGUGUUUAUGAGAAUGAUGCUGAUGUGACUGAGGGUGUUUAUGAGAAUGAUGCUGAUAUGGCUGAGGGUGUUUAUGAGAAUGGUGCUGAUGUGGCGAAGGGUGUUCAUGAGAAUGAUGCUGAUAUGGCUGAGGGUGUUUAUGAGAAUGGUGCUGAUGUGGCGAAGGGUGUUCAUGAGAAUGAUGCUGAUGUGACUGAGGGUGUUUAUGAGAAUGAUGCUGAUGUGAUUGAGGGUGUUUAUGAGAAUGAUAGUGAUGUAACUGAGGGUGCUUGUGAGAAAGAUGCUGAUGUGACUGAGGGUAAUUAUAAGAAUGAUGCUGAUGUGACUGAGGGUGUUUAUGAGAAUGAUGCUGAUGUUGCUAAGGGUGUUUAUGAGAAUGAUGCUGAUGUGACUGAGGGUGUUCAUGAGAUUGAUGCUGAUGUGACUGAGGGUGUUUAUGAGAAUGAUGCUGAUAUGGCUGAAGGUGUUUAUGAGGAUGAUGCUGAUGUGACUGAGGGUGUUUAUGAAAAUGAUGCUGAUGUGGCUGAAGGUGUUUAUGAAAAUGGCGCUGAUGUGGUUGAAGGUGUUUAUGAAAAUGAAGACGACAGUGAACACGAAUACCUUGAUAUAAAUGUACCAACGGAAAAUGCCAACCCUCCUUCAGUUCUCUCACUGGGAUGCCCUAACAUCGGCUCCCCGUCCAUCCGCCUUGUCGUGGUGUGA